ACCUGUGAACUGGAUGUUGAUGUCACAGAGUCCGCCGUAGUUUAUGUGCUGGUGUGGUGCACCACAAAAAGUCUUACUUUUUGGCAAUAAAAACAUAUUCCAUAUUUACAGCAAGCCAUGUCGCAAGAAGGAUACCAGUCGACAGCAAUAAGAACCACACUCAAUAACAACACAAGCUUGGUUACUCAACAUUCACCGACACCACCGUGCCCUGGCAAAACUCCGAUACAAAUUCUGCACGAAUACGGCACCAAAAUCGGCAACAUUCCCGUCUACACCAUGGAGAAGGCGGAGGGGGAGGCUCAUCAACCGAGUUUUGUCUUUAACGUCACUAUAGGAGACGUAUCCUGCACGGGUCAGGGUUCGAGCAAGAAAGCGGCCAAACAUCAGGCGGCAGAGGCAGCCCUUAACUUACUGGAGAUGGAGACUGGAGUCGCCAGUCUACAAGUUUGUAACGGUGUGAUAGCAGAGCCCUCUGACCAGCCCAACUCAGUAGGGAUAUUACAGGAGCUAGCGCUGCAGAGAGGCUGGAGGCUGCCCGAGUACACUGUCAUGAUGGAGGCCGGCCCGCCACACAAGAGAGAAUUCACUGUUACUUGUAGAAUGGAGUCCCUCUCAGACACGGCCAUGGGAAACUCAAAGAAGGCAGCUAAGAAAGCCGCGGCGGAGAAGAUGGUGGCAAAGCUUCAAAGUCUGUCCGGUUGUCCCGAAAUCACCUGGACUCCAAAGCCCAACGUCCGGUUUGAGAACUUGCGCAACUCGUCAGGGGAGAAGAUCUCUCUGCUUGGAAGGACUCCCCUCAGCAUCCCCAACACAGACUACAUACAGAUGCUGCUGGAGCUGUCUGAAGAACAGGGCUUCCAGGUCGCCUACUUUGACAUAGACGAGCUGACGGUGAACGGGCAGUACCAGUGCCUGGCAGAGCUGUCCACGGCCCCCGUCACCGUGUGCCACGGCACGGGCAUCUCCUGCGGCAACGCCCACAACGACGCCGCCCACAGCGCGCUGCAGUACGUCAAGAUCAUGGCCUCCGCCAAGUGAGCGCGGCGUGGAGAGGAACAGCAGGUUCACACACACACACACACACAACCCAGCUGAGGUACCAUCUCACACCACAGACGCUGCGAGUGUUCACACGAUCGGAAAUGAAGGAUCGUCGUGUGGCGGCGUCGUUCACAAACGGGACAUCAAGUGUAGAGCUCCAAUAGUUUGACGUGUAUUUAUUUCUGCCUUCUGAUGACAGUCAGCUCUUAAAACAGGACCAUCCCGAUGUGUAGGCUUCUAUUUAGAUGGCAGACACAAAGGUUAAAGGUCAGACAGGGGCAGGGGAACCAGAAGGUUUAGGUCAGAGGUGUGGGUGAAUAAUGAUUGUCAGUUUUAGUUAGACGAUAGUUAGCAGACCACCAGUCUCUAUUUUUAAUAUAUUUGGAUGAUUACACGGAUAUUACAUAGUAUCUUUUAAGACCAGCGCACAAGAGAGGAGUCAAAUGUGAAAUAAAGAACAAUACAGUCAUGUGUAUAAACACUUUAUAUACAUGCAAUUUAUUUCACCUUGGUUUUUAUUUGACGUGUACUCUGAGUAUAUGUCUGUUUAAUACACAAGUCCAAAACACCAUUAUAUACGUACUUCUACAUGGUGUAUUUGUGCUUAUAGUGUUUUGCUUUAUGAUGUGAGUGUGAAAGUUCCUUCUGAAGACAUAUGCUAGAAUUUUGUUUUUUACUGGGAUGUUUUAAGGGAUGCAGAGUUGUACAGUUUGUGUGAAUAGUGCAUAAUUCCCCUGAAAAAUACUAAAAUGUAUGGCUACUGCCUACCGAUGUUUUUAUACACCAGACUGUCCCCAUUGACAAUAUCGCAGAGACACCAGCUCAAUCUACAAUGUAAUUAUGAAAAAUGAGUGUGAAAAAGUUAUUUCUGCUGUUCAUGUAUUAUUUCAUGUUUAAAUGAAAUGUCAGCUAACAUAUGUAUGAUGAUAAGCUUCCUUGUGUGUUUGAAUGUUUGGAUAAGGUUUUAUUUCAUGCACUGAGUGGUCUGAAAUAUCAUGCAGUUACUGGGAUCAACUAGUAUUCCAUCCUCUCUUAAAUUAAGUGACAUAUUUAAGAACAGUGGUCAUUGCACAGUACAGCAAGACAACCUACUGUACGUACACAACAGCUGUUCUGUAUGCGGUAGUACUAUACUGCCAAAUGAGUUAGCUUCAAGCAGGUUAUAUAUAGAUAUGUUCUAUAGAUAUAUUCCUGUGUCAGUAUGCGAUGUUAGCGGUGCCCCAGUUAGUCUAGGUGCCUCCGGCUCUCGUCUCUGUCUGGGAGAACAGUAGCUGUUGACGAUGUUGCUGCUUGUGAAGAACACGAGUGAAGAGGAAGAUUCCGUUUGGAAAUGUCAUCAAUCCAGCCACCGAUGGCGUCAUCGCUUUUCCUCUGACAUCCUUACCUAGCGCCGUGUAGAGACCUCGACCAGGGGUCCUUGUCGUCUUGCAUUGCGAGACUUAUUUUUUUUUUAAGAUUCACUGAUAAACAUCGGAGCCGUGGUUUGCCGCCAUCUGCUGGACGUGAGGGGCAAGACUGCGGGAAGUGUUCCUCAGUCCAAUGCUGUGGUGUUAAUCACACUGGAAUAAAGGCAUUCAUUAAAUCAUUCAGAAAUGAGUUUUAUGGUUUUAUUAGAACAAGCACUAUGUAGGCCUAGCAGCAGUGUACAGUGUUCAUGGAGAGAUAUGUACUUAUACAAUUGCACUUUAGAGGUACCCAUCGUGGAAUGGAUUUUUAAAGAACUCUGCUGAAAGGGCGAAGUGGUACACGUCAGUCCGAAACGUAAAAGAUAAAAGUCCAAUUGAGAAACCAAAAACCUUUCGUAAGGCAUUUGCAACAUUCAUUCGCAGGCUAUGUCCUUUAAACAUGCAGAUAUAACAACAGACUAUCUAAGAUGAUCUAAACAGUCUCUGUCCUACUGUGACGAAACAAAGCAACAUGAAGUCUCAGGUUUAUUUAUUUUUCUCUGGUCGCUCUGGGACAAAGUUUAAUUUAUUCAUCAGUUACACGACAGACAUUUGUGUUAACAUUAAUAGAAUGUCAUCGUCUGUCCAAUCAAAGAGGAGAAAUGUGGAUACUUCACAAACCAGACCAAACCAUCGUAAACUUGCCGUCGGAAACGAAGGAUCACAAGUUAGCAGGCAUGCUCGCAACAAGGUGACUUUCCCAUCUUCAGUUUCGGAGUGCUGUCUUUACUAAAUGUAAUCAUUGGAAAAUGCUAAAAACACCUUUUCUGCCUGUAAAUAAAACAAAUGUAACAUGUUGUAUUGGAAGGGUAAAGGGUAUGGAGUUUCUAGUCAGUGUUGGUAAGUUAAUAAAUGUGUUAAGGCACAGCAAGCUGAAUUGAAGCUGAUAAACAUGUAGGCUACAGUAGUCAUGAGGGAGUGAACUGAAUGAAACAAACUGACAUAUUUUCUAAAUAAAAUAAACAUACUUGUUUUUGGUUAUAAUGUAUGUUCCUAUGUUAGCACUGCAGGCAAAGUAAUCAUUGUACUCAGUCUGCAAUAUCUAAAACACUUAAAACCAUUCUCCUCUUUUUCUUCCUUACAUGACAAGACAACACCAUUGAAGGAAACAUCCAAAUGGGUGAUUUAGUUUAAAUUCUUGCUCAGUAAUUUCAUGGUAAUCUCACACAUUGAAAGUCAUUGUGUAUUUUCUUACACAAAGUGAGACAUCAAAUAUGUAUCCUAAAGCCCAAAUCCUUUGAAAUAAUGAAAACUGUACUGCACUUUUUUCAAAGACCCACAUCAUGGUAGUGAACCCACAGCAGUAUGGAACACCUUUUGUAAAACAUUCCUUUCAGUAUUUACUAAGGACAUAGUAAUUACACAAUCAAAAUAAAAGCAUUUCUUUGGCUUCAACAACCUGUGUUAAAGAACUUGCCGAUACAGUAAGCUGGGUCAUUCAACGAAAAGAAAACAAACUUGGGGCCCUCUUCCAUAGCAGGCUGGUACGCCCCCCCCCCCCCCCCCCCCCCCCCCCCCCCCCCCCCCCC